AAUGAAAACCGGUUCGCUUGUUACGUUAUCAUUAUGACGUCCCUAGUAAUGGAAUGAGUGAAUGAAUGUCAUUCCAUUGAAUCAUAUUCUUUAUCUGACUGCUGAACUAAACUAAAUGUUAGUGUAUCUGUGGACGUCGGUCGCGCGUGUGCCUGCGAGGUUGUGCGAGUCGUAUGGAAUCAAUUUGAUCUAAAUUUCGGAUGACUUGUAGACGAAAAUAGUGUAGUGAAAAUGAUAUUGCUAAUUAGGUAGAACAAACGCAAUAACCAUAUUUUUGAACCAAAUAGGUGUUUAUUUUGUGUUAAGUGUCAGUAUUCAGUGAGUAUUAUGAACUUUGAGGACUAUGAAACGCUGCCGACCCAGAACCCCGUGACACACAUGACGGCCGGGGCCGUGGCGGGCGUGAUGGAGCACUGCAUCAUGUACCCGCUCGACUCCGUGAAGACGCGGAUGCAGUCGCUCCGGACGGCCCACAACAGCUCCAUAACGGAGACUUUCCGACACAUGGUCCGGCGGGAAGGCGUACUCAGGCCAAUCCGCGGCAUGUCAGCAGUGGUGCUCGGCGCCGGACCCGCGCACGCGUGCUUUUUCGCCACCUACGAGCACAGCAAGCACACGCUCGGGCACCUCACAAGGCAUCGGCACGACCACCUCACACACGGGUUGUCCGGUUGUCUGGCGUCGCUAGUGCACGACGCAGUCUCCAAUCCGGCAGAAGUGGUAAAACAACGGCUGCAGAUGCUGAACUCGCCCUACAGAAGCGUGUGGGAGUGCGCGCGGCGGGUCUACAAGGCUGAAGGCAUACGCGCCUUCUACCGGUCCUACGGCACGCAGGUCGUCAUGAACGUGCCCUUCCAGUCGCUCCACUUCGUGACGUACGAGUGGUGCCAGUCGCUCGUGAACCCCUCGCGCAAGUACGACCCGCGCGCGCACGCGCUGUCCGGCGCCUGCGCGGGCGCGCUGGCCGCCGCCGCCACCACGCCGCUCGACGUGUGCAAGACCGUGCUCAACACACAGGAGGUAGCGGCGCGCGCGGACGGGCUGGCGCAGGCCGCCGCGCUCGUGCUGCGCGCCACCGGCCCGCUCGGCUUCUUCAAGGGCGCCUCCGCCAGGGUGCUGUACCAGAUGCCCGCUGCGGCCAUCUGCUGGCUCACCUACGAGACCCUCAAGCAUCUGCUGACCACGGUGAGUGUCCACCCUGGCUCCAGGCUCCUGUACCAGAUGCCUGCUGCGCGCCACCGGCCCGCUCGGCUUCUUCAAGGGCGCCUCCGCCAGGGUGCUGUACCAGAUGCCCGCUGCGGCCAUCUGCUGGCUCACCUACGAGACCCUCAAGCAUCUGCUGACCACGGUGAGUGUCCACCCUGGCUCCAGGCUCCUGUACCAGAUGCCUGCUGCGCGCCACCGGCCCGCUCGGCUUCUUCAAGGGCGCCUCCGCCAGGGUGCUGUACCAGAUGCCCGCUGCGGCCAUCUGCUGGCUCACCUACGAGACCCUCAAGCAUCUGCUGACCACGGUGAGUGUCCACCCUGGCUCCAGGCUCCUGUACCAGAUGCCUGCUGCGCGCCACCGGCCCGCUCGGCUUCUUCAAGGGCGCCUCCGCCAGGGUGCUGUACCAGAUGCCCGCUGCGGCCAUCUGCUGGCUCACCUACGAGACCCUCAAGCAUCUGCUGACCACGGUGAGUGUCCACCCUGGCUCCAGGCUCCUGUACCAGAUGCCUGCUGCGCGCCACCGGCCCGCUCGGCUUCUUCAAGGGCGCCUCCGCCAGGGUGCUGUACCAGAUGCCCGCUGCGGCCAUCUGCUGGCUCACCUACGAGACCCUCAAGCAUCUGCUGACCACGGUGAGUGUCCACCCUGGCUCCAGGCUCCUGUACCAGAUGCCUGCUGCGCGCCACCGGCCCGCUCGGCUUCUUCAAGGGCGCCUCCGCCAGGGUGCUGUACCAGAUGCCCGCUGCGGCCAUCUGCUGGCUCACCUACGAGACCCUCAAGCAUCUGCUGACCACGGUGAGUGUCCACCCUGGCUCCAGGCUCCUGUACCAGAUGCCUGCUGCGCGCCACCGGCCCGCUCGGCUUCUUCAAGGGCGCCUCCGCCAGGGUGCUGUACCAGAUGCCCGCUGCGGCCAUCUGCUGGCUCACCUACGAGACCCUCAAGCAUCUGCUGACCACGGUGAGUGUCCACCCUGGCUCCAGGCUCCUGUACCAGAUGCCUGCUGCGCGCCACCGGCCCGCUCGGCUUCUUCAAGGGCGCCUCCGCCAGGGUGCUGUACCAGAUGCCCGCUGCGGCCAUCUGCUGGCUCACCUACGAGACCCUCAAGCAUCUGCUGACCACGGUGAGUGUCCACCCUGGCUCCAGGCUCCUGUACCAGAUGCCUGCUGCGCGCCACCGGCCCGCUCGGCUUCUUCAAGGGCGCCUCCGCCAGGGUGCUGUACCAGAUGCCCGCUGCGGCCAUCUGCUGGCUCACCUACGAGACCCUCAAGCAUCUGCUGACCACGGUGAGUGUCCACCCUGGCUCCAGGCUCCUGUACCAGAUGCCUGCUGCGCGCCACCGGCCCGCUCGGCUUCUUCAAGGGCGCCUCCGCCAGGGUGCUGUACCAGAUGCCCGCUGCGGCCAUCUGCUGGCUCACCUACGAGACCCUCAAGCAUCUGCUGACCACGGUGAGUGUCCACCCUGGCUCCAGGCUCCUGUACCAGAUGCCUGCUGCGCGCCACCGGCCCGCUCGGCUUCUUCAAGGGCGCCUCCGCCAGGGUGCUGUACCAGAUGCCCGCUGCGGCCAUCUGCUGGCUCACCUACGAGACCCUCAAGCAUCUGCUGACCACGGUGAGUGUCCACCCUGGCUCCAGGCUCCUGUACCAGAUGCCUGCUGCGCGCCACCGGCCCGCUCGGCUUCUUCAAGGGCGCCUCCGCCAGGGUGCUGUACCAGAUGCCCGCUGCGGCCAUCUGCUGGCUCACCUACGAGACCCUCAAGCACCUGCUGACCACGAGAAAAACUUCGAAAAAUUCCUGCGACCAAAGAAACGAAAAAAGUUUAUAACAAUCAUUUUAAAGUAAAUUGUUUCAAGAGAGCCGCGAGGAGCCGCACUCGGGCGGCUCCCCCGCGCCCGCCCCCGCCACCCCCCUGGUGGGCGCGGCGCUGCGCCUGGCGGCCGCCGACGUGGCCCCGGCGCCGCUCACGCGCACGUAGCCGCCCGCCGCCCCGCCCCCGCCGCCGCCGCGACGACGUCCGCCAACCGGAUCACCUUCCUACCCUCCGUCUAAGCUAAACAUGCACCUUUGCUGACUUGCCUAACGAUGUUACAAAACAUUAUACGUAAAUCAGUAACAAAAAAAAUAAAAUUAUGCAAAAUUUUGUAAAAUCAAGAUUCAUUCCUAAAAUGAAUAACUAAAUCAUUAGUUGCAUUUGGUGCCGAAGACCCGAUCUGGUAGAAAUCUCAUAAUAAUGUGGCACCCGUUAAUAAUUGGACCCCGCAACCCGAACACACUGAUGAACGCAAGCCGAGUAACAAUCGUUAAUACCAAUAAAAAGCUAAUCAAAAUAAACUCUUCAUUUCCAUCUAAAAUUUCAAUAUAUUAUUAACUUUUAAUUGGAUUAACGAAUACUUUAGCUUUUCUCUAAAUGUAAGUUCGAUCGUAGUAUAAAAACGUUUCCCCCCCCCCCCCCCCCCCCCGACUGACCCGACUGUCAUCGUAACUUGUCUCAACGGUUGUCGCGGCGCUCUUGUUUUGUUUGGAUUUGAUAUUUGUCUGUGAUGUUGUUUUUUUUAAUGAAGUGUUAGUGUUUACGAUCAAAAUGAUGUGGGUGUGAGCGCUUGUUUAAUGUGAGCUUGUAGGCCGAUCAACACACCGAAUCGGAUGAAAAAACUAUGAUUUUUAUUGGACCUAUAAAAUUCGGCCUCGUUGAUCGGUAUUUAAUUAUGUUCGUUUGACUAAAUUUUCGUAUUUCUGCACUUGAAGGUGAGUCUACCGUUAGUUAGUAUAAAGCAAAGACACAUACAUAAUAAGAACUGCUAAUCAUCAUACAAGAUUGCAUUUCCCUACUCUGUCAUAUUUAUUAAAGGCAUUGGAAACGAUUCAAUUUAAGGAAAAUUUUAAUAUUUUUUGAAAUGCAACUUUGUAUAAAGGUCAGUAGUGUUUAUUUGUUAUUGUAUAAAAUAAGCACGACGCCAGUAUUAAGCAUCGUCACUCGGGCACAUCAUUCGUAAAAAAAUAUUGAGAAAUGUUGUCAUUUACUCACAUUGAGCAAGUCAUAACCCUUCGUAGCUGAAGACAAAAUGACGUAAACUCCAAUACAUUUGCAACGCCACUUUGUCUUCUAAUGCUGUGAUGUUUGAAACUAUAUUGUAAUAAAGCUGUAUUAUAUGCUCAUGCUUUUACUAUUUGCAAGUUAUUUGUCAACGCUUGUGAAGCGUUUUAAAACAUUUAGUGCGGUUGAAAUUAAAAUUUUACCCGCGCAAUAAACGCCAGAUCGAGUCAAUUGAAUUUGGACUAUAUUUUGUACGGCGGUAGGGUUAGAGUUGCAUGACAUAGAACCGCUGGCGGUUUGAUAGUUAUCGCUAUUUCAUUUUAUUAAUAUUUAUAGGCACAAAGAACGUUUAAAGGAUUUACAGAAAAAGUUUACCAUUACUUUUUUCCAGAAAACGGACAAAUUAACAUUGAUGAAAAAAUACGACCCAGUUUUCCAUACAAUAUUUUUAGAGCUCCGUAUAAAACUUUGUUCACGGAGCUCUUGAGAUCACUUGGUCUUGCAAAUCUUAUGUUUUAAAUAUAUAUUUGAAGCUUUUCACGCACAUUUCAUAUGGACCGUAACAACACUGACAAAUAUUUUGGGACACUGUGAGCAGCAAUAACCCAAAAGUUCUAAAUUUUUCGAAAAUUAAGUGAAGAGUAUAUUUUUUUCCGAAGCCUUAAACAAGAAGCGAAUAAAGUCGUGUGCAACUCUAGUCGUGCCGCGACAGUGGGCGACCACUUUAAACGACACGAGUCGUCCGAGACGACGGAUCGAAACAGCCGCAAGUGCCCGUCUACUAAUUACUAAUAUAUACAAAUACGUUGUAUAAAUCAUGUCUAAGCGAAGUGUACAUAGUUAGUUUCACGUGUUACCAUGUAAAGUUAAAUUUAUUUGUUAGAUUUUAGUUGCGGCGUUGAACGUUUGAAUAUUUUGGGAAAAAUGUCUUGUUGAUGGUAAGCGGGUGAAAACCGACAGAUUUAUUUAACAUUUCGACAGUUUUCUUUGUCGAUUUUCCUGAAAAUAUUAUAACAUGAAAAAAAUCAUAAUGCGUCUGUCGGGAUUUCACCGUUUAAAUAGUUGGUUGUGAGACGGAAAGUUUACAAAGCAAAGUCUACAUUCGAGAGCAAAAUAGGUCUCCGAGUAUGACAUUUCCAUGAAAAUGAACUAGUUAUCGCGUUAGGACAUUAAUUUAAUGCGAAAACUGUCUGCUAUUACAUAACUCUAUCAUAAUAGUAAUUUAUGACUCUAAAACUUUAAAUUGUGCAUCAUUUAAGAAGUGAAAUAAAAUUUAACUAAAUAAUUUUAUCAUGUGGUCAACGCCAUCUAGUAAAGUUUUUUUAACGCGAAAAAUUGUUGUUGGACUUUGCACAUGUUACAACAAGGAAUGUAAUAUUUGCUCUUUUCAAGACCCUUCCCACAUUAAAAUGGGGAAUGUGCUUGAAUAGGUACGCCGUUUAUUUCUUAAGGAAUAGUUUGAGAUUGCGUGCUAUUCACAGUCUAAAAUAGGCUUGUAAAAUCGUGAUAUUUAGCUCAGUUGUAGUUCAAGAGAUAGAUGAUUUUGGACAAGGCAUCUUAGCGCGGGAUCUCGACUUUUGCACAACACAAUAUAUUCAUAAUAAUUGUCAUAUUAGUUUCGCGUGAUGUGGGGCGUACACAGUGCGAUGCUGUUUCGACUCGGUGAGAUGUAGGCUAAUAGGAACUAGGCGUCACACACGUGACGUUAUUAUUGACUACAAUUAUAUACUUUACAUUCUUUCACUGAUUGCUAUAAUCUGCACUUACCUUCGCUUUCUUUAAACACAAAUAAUAACUAAUCUGUAUACUAAAUUGCGUCUCAUAUAGAUGACCAAACAGAUCUUGUCUUAUAUUUUGUAUAACUCUUUGACCUUUGUUAAUAUUUCCGUAUCAAGCUCACUUAUAAUAAAAGCGCAAGACAAGGCGUUAUAUAAAAUACAAGGGAACUUUGAUAAGCGCCAUCUGUAGUAGUACUGGACGCAACUUUUAUUGAGAUUAGCAGUUAUUGCUGUUAACUUGUCUUUGCGUACAUUUGUAAAAAAGCCAAAUAUAACUAGUCGGUUAUAGCAAUAGGUGAAACAAUAAUUUGUUACAAUGAAUAAAUAGUGUUAAAAUGAAAUUAUAAUACUUAACAUAGCUCAGGAGGGAACUCCGUAUAUUUUUGUUGGGACGCAGUGUACAUAUUGGUUAGACACCCACAUACUUAUCUAUAAUAUGCGUAUAUUUAAGAAAUUAUUGUACAUAGAUUAUCUACUAAAUUGUUAGAAUACCGGUUUCUGAACGAGUGUGCAAUGCAAUUUGAACUUUUAUUAUAAGUGUGUUAUAAAAUUACAUUUAGUUAUAGGCGUUUAUAAAACGACCUUGUAGUGGACGAUAUUUUUUUUUAUAAUGGAAAAUUUAUUGUAACUUUGUCGAACAAAGUUGGACGGUAGCACUCGACGUAAUUUACGCCAACAUUGAAACAAAUUAAUUUUAGAAUUAAUUAAUUUCAAAGUCUAUUUGUGUCGAAUUUUUAGAAAUUAAUCUCAACUUCGUUGCACACUCACAGUUCCUGAAGUCAAAAAGACCACUCCUAUUUAAACAAAACCAACAACGACAUAACAAUAUACCCCGACGUCCCCUGCACUAGCAAUAUGGCGGCCAUUUUGUUGUAUUAUACAGGAUGUCUGUGGGCCUACCGCGAACAUUUCGAGCAACUAUCUCUUUUUAUUCCAAUUAAAGCGUAAUUAGAGUGACAGAGAUAAUUGUUCGAUAUUUUCGUUUUUUGCGCUUACAGUCCCGAGUUUAGAGAGCGGUGCUAGCGGCGGGCGGGAUGCUACUGUCAAGUGUCAUUCGGCUGUGCUUGUUAUUUGAUGACAUGUCAGCGUUACGUUAUGUAAUGAAAGUUGCAGUUACCGUGGGUCGUUUACCUAAUCCCCUGCAAACGUGGUGGCGUUGCGAUUAUCAGUGGAUAAUCGCAUGCGAUUUGCGAUACAUUGCGGCUUUGAUCGAUCGGUUGAAUUCGUUGCUCUUUCUUAGCCGCCAAUUAUCUAAAAUAGCAUGUCAUUUGUUGCAACGUCUGUAGGAGCCUUAAUUGAUGCGACGAAUGAUUGCACUUUUGUUCUCGGCAUUUUACGACGACUAAUUUAUUAACUCAUUAUUUUUUUAAGUAAGUAUAUUUAUUUAUAAACAUUUUUUAUUGUUGACUGAUUUAUAAUUUUCAAUCAGUAUAGUCAGAUCGAAAGUCGGAAUACUAAAAGACUAUUAGUCAUAUAGUCAAUUAAAACGUUUUAAUAAUUUUCCGUUUUAUAAAGAUGAUUAUAUGUAGUCUUGUCGAAACUGUAUUAACUGUACAGUUAGGCCUGAUUUCGAUUAAUAAUUUCAAAAAAUAUUUUAAUUUAUUAACCUAACGUAAUUGAGUUUUUAGCUUUUAAGAAUCUGUGAACCCGAAAUUAAGUGCUGAGAAUGUUCGUUUACUUUGUACCCGUGAAUAUUAUGUUUGUUGAAAUGGCGCCCGCCCCGCCGCGAGGAGUGAAUUACUUGUAUAAUUGUUUCUGUACAUUAUUAUAAUUGUAUUUGUUAUAUUUAUGAGUUGUAUUGUAUAGCAGAUAAAUUAAGCGUUGUAACGUAGAUCCGUAGGCUAUGGCCCUGUUAUGUGAAAAGUGCAAAUGUUUUGAAAAAAAAUGCAAAUCGAAAAUAGUAAUAAACAGUUGGACAAUA